UUUUAAUGCCUAAUUUUGAUUUGUGUUAUAAUAUGGUUGCAUUAGCAACAGUUUGUUAACGAUAUAUGUACUAGGCAUAUAUUAUUUAUAUUGUGUUACAUUGGUUACCAAGCAACCAUUUAAUACAACACAAACUUCAGUAGAAUGAGAAAUAUCUAUUACAAUUGAUAUAUUUUAUUUAUAAUUAACAAUGGUAGACGAUGUAAAACCGGAAACAAUUAAAAAAACUCAAGAUUUACUCGGAAAGUAUUUCAAAAAACCACCACUUACCGAAAAAUUAUUAAAAAAACCACCAUUUCGAUUUCUUCAUGAUAUUGUAUCAGCAAUCAUAAGUGAAACUGGUUUUUUAAAUGGUUUAUAUUCAGAGGAGGAGCUAAAUUCAGAAAAUAUAAAAAACAAAGAGGCGAAACUGGCUUAUUUAACAAAAUUGAUCGAUGUUGUCAAGUUAGUUACUGGAAUUAAUUUAUCUGUAAGAGCCAGUAAGAUAAUUUCAGGUCAAGAACCAACUAAAACAAAUGAAUUAUUGCAAGCAAUUGGAAAAGCUUUAGAUAAAAAGAUAAGUAGUGUGGAAGCUAUCGAACAAUAUAAAAAAAAUUUUGGAAAAAAUAAAUCUAGUUCAAAAAAUAAAUCAUCUAUAACGAAAAAUGAAAAGAGAUCAUCAUCAAAAGAAACAUUACAAAAAAAAACUACGUCAACAAAAGAAAAAUCUACAGAACAAAAGAAAAAAGGAUUCAAUGAAAAUAAUAUAACAAAACAUGAAGAAAAUAUAUAUAAAACAGAAAAUCAAGAAUCCCAAAAAAAUAUUAAAAAUAAUAUAGAAACAAUACAAGUUGAGUUAAUGCAAGAGAAAAUUCCUUCAUCUGCACAUAAAAAAAGAUCUUUAUCUGCUAAAUCUAAACAGAAUAUAUCUUCUACAUCCUUAUCUGAAAUAACUCCUUUACAAUUAGAUAAAAAAAUAGAUGAAAAGCAAAAAGAAUCUGAAAACAAAUCAAAGCAUACAAUACGUACUGAAAAUAAUGAAUUACAAAAUCAAAUAGUUAAUAUACCAAAUUCUGUAAAUUCUGAAUUGAAAUCUACAUCAAUUGUAAAAGAUAAUAAAAUAGAUGAAGAUACAAAUAAAUUACAAAAAAUGCAAAUUACAGAUAAUGAAAUUUCUGUACAAAAUAUUAAGAAAUCUGAUCAGUCAACAUCAGAAAUUCAAAGAAUUCAAUCAGAAAAUAAAGAUGCUAGUAUUUCACAAUCAACUUCUAGACCAAGAACUUCUUUACGUCCACCUAGUUCAAGACCAAUUAGUGCUAGACCUGCAGCACCCAAAAUUCGAGGAAAAACAGAAUUAAUUAUUAAUGAAGAGAUAUUGACACCUAUGGGAAGUAUUAAUGUUAUUGUAGAAAAUUCUGAUCUCAAAGAAGAUGAUGAUGCUGAAGAUAUGGUAGUUAUGGAAACUAAAGGAAAUGGUAGUGAUUCUUUAGAAAAUAAUGCAAAUUUUAAAAUUAAUAAUCAAUUAACACAAGAACAUGGGCAUCUAGUUGCUCAAAUAUUAGAAACACAAAAAGAAUUGGUUAAUAAUGAUAAUGUAGAUAUAAUGCCUAAAAAAACAAAUAUUGCAUGGGAUAUAAGUUCAAAGCGUGACAUAAUAACAAAGGAAAUUGAUAAACUACGAAAUACAAUACAAACUUUAACUCGUGCAACAAAUCCACUUGGAAAGUUAUUAGAUUAUUUUCAGGAAGAUGUAGAAAUUAUGCAAAAAGAAUUAUUAGAAUGGAAAAAUCAAUAUCAACAAGUAAAUGAACAAUUAAAAAUUGAAAAAAUGAAAACACAAGAAUUAAUAGAACCUAUGAAGGAAACGUUAAAAGAAAUUGAUCAUAAUGUGAAAAUACAAUUGAAUAAAAUAUGUCAAGCAAAAUCACAAGUUAUGAAAAAUGAUCAAAGAAUACAAACGUUAUUAAAUGGUCAUAUUUAAUUUUCAUUAGAAUAUUUUAUUAAUUUUAACAUAAUUUGUUUCUUUUUUAAGUUAUAAUUAAAUUAUAAUUAAGUUU